UCUUGGCGGGAUAUCAUUCUGCAUGAGAGAUAAACCACCAAUUGCCGUUCUCUGUGUUUGUAUUCCGCCCCUAUCAGCGCGUUCAGUGGCCAUAUUGUUGAUGUGUCACUCGGAAGGAGAUCACGAAGUUGACACUCACUAUAUCUUAUUGUAGCAUGUAUGUUUCAUUUAAAUGGAUUUAACAUAAACGGUGUUUGUUGAUUCCGGGCCAGUAGCGGAAGAAAAGGAGAGCAUGGAGCUAUCAGACUGUCAAAGUGAAGAGACCCCUCCCUCCAACCCCACCCAAAGUCCAGAGGUCACAGCGGUUCCAAAAGAGUCCUCUAAUGUCAUCAGCAAUGUUGGUGAACUCGAUUUAAAGGAACAAGAGGAAGAUGCUGAGCUGGACAGUCUUGAGCUGGACACUACUUUAUCUUUAGAUAGUGUGGACAAAGAAGGUCAGAGACCUGACAUGCACUUGAAAGUCCAGCAAGAUGGAGAUGACGCACAGGGAGAUGGGAACACUAGCUGUGACAGUGGAACAGCCUCCAUUGACGAUUCCAGGACACCUCCGGCUCUUUACGACAAUACUGCAGGGUCACUUCCCUCUGUCCUCGAUGGAGAACCCAAAUUUUCUGGCCCAGAGGAGCCAGCAGCUUUACCAGAUGCAGAGAAUGGGACUCAAAAUGAGGUCUCUCUGAAUGAUUUUUCGCCCACCUCUUUGGUUACAGCAGCAGAUGAUUCUUCAAUUCACAGGCACACUUUAAAUGGGCCAACAGAACUUCAACACACAAAUAACCAGACACAAGAUACCCCAGGUCUUCAAGGGGAGAAACCUCCUGCCCAUGUGGUAUCUAAAAAUGUAGUACCUCAAAAUUCACACUCCAAUUCAAAUAUGAACCCAUAUGACACGGACUGUAGCCGGAAACUGAUGUCUGAGAUUCAAAGAUCUCUGUCUCAGGAGUCUUUGUUGGAUGAGUUGGAAGACGAACUGUUGGAAGGCGUCCGAAAAGGAAGCCCACCCAACGGCCUCCCCAAGGACAAGAACUCUGUGGUUUUAUUGGAGAAGUGUGUGCAAUACAAAUACUCCCAACAAGAGAAAGCCAUCAAGAGGUUGCUUGAUGAAAAUAAGAAACACCAGGAGCUGAUUUUGGGCAUCUGCUCUGAGAAAGACAACAUGAGAGAGGAGCUCAAGAAGAGGAUGGAGACAGAGAAACAACAUCUUAGCACCAUUAAUAAGUUUGAAAGCCGGGUGGAGGAACUUUUGAAGGAACUCAGAGACUCAAGGGACAAACUGGUUCACCAGGACCACGCUGCCAAGAAUGCCAUCCAACAGAUGCAGAAGGAUAUGGCCUUUCGGCUCGAACAGGUCAAUAAGAAAUGUGAGGAGGCGCGUCAGGAGAAGGAGACGAUGGUGAUGAAGUAUGUGCGUGGAGAGAAGGAGGCCCUGGAUCUGCGUAGGGAGAAGGAACAGCUGGACAAGAAGCUACGGGAGGUCACAGCAGAGGUAGACAAACAGGCCCGGCGUGGAAACACACUAGCUCAGGAGAAAGGACGCCUUCAACAGCUGUAUGACGCCAAGGAGAAUGAGGUGACAAGACUGUCUCGCGAACUGGAGAAAGUGAAGGAAGAAAUCAAUUCUCAUGUCAUCAAAGUGAAGUGGGCACAAAACAAACUGAAGAGCGAAACGGACACGCACAAGGAAACAAAAGACAAGCUAAGGGAAACAACUGCCAAGCUGACUCAAGCAAAGGAGGAGACUGAGCAGAUUCGCAAGAAUUGCCAGGAUAUGAUCCGCACAUACCAGGAAUCUGAGGAGAUUAAGUCAAAUGAGUUGGACGCAAAGCUGCGGGAGACCAAAGGAGAGCUGGAGAAGCAAAAACAAGAGCAGACUGACCAGCUAGAGAUGCACAAAGCUAAGAUUAAAGAGUUGGAGGAUCUGAAGAGGACUUAUAAAGAAGGCAUGGAUGAGCUCACCACACUGCGGACCAAGGUUAAGUGUCUGGAGGACGAAAGACCUCGCUGGGAAGACGAGCUUUGCAAAUACAGAGAGAUUAUUAACAGACAGAAGACUGAGAUCCAGAACCAGAGAGAAAAACUCGCCACCAUCACUAAACUAGAGGAGCAGCACCAAAGGGAUGAGCAAGAGAUCGCAUCCUUGCGGGAGGAGGUGGAGAACCUGAACUCUCAGAUCACUGACCUGCAAAAGGACAUUGAGGGCAGCAGAACGAGAGAGGGCGAGCUUCUGGGCUUUACUGAGAAGUUGAGCAGUAAAAAUGCUCAGUUGCAGUCAGAGAGCAACAGCUUGCAGUCUCAGCUGGACAAACUAACCAGCAGCUCCAGAGAACUGCAAAGCAAACUGGAGGAGACCGACAGAUCACUUGCAGAGAUGACAAAGAGGUUGAAGAAAGAGGAGCAGGAAAGGCAGCAGGAGGUACGUGCACUGCAGACAGAGAGAACAGAGCUGCAGGCUGAGAUGUCACUACUGAAGACGCGUGUGGACGAACUGCGAGAUGAGCUAGUCACACAGAAGAGAAAACAGGCAGCCAACAUCAAAGACCUCACUAAGCAACUGACACAAGCUCGUAAGAAGUUGGAUCAGGUGGAGAAUGGAGGUUGUGAUCGUGAAGGCAGCAGUAUGGGCAGUCGCUCGAGUUCCUCAGGCUCUUUAAACGCACGCGGCAGCAGUAUGGAUGAUCGUUCUCCGGAGAAUCAGUCCGGUUCUUCUGUGGUGGUGGUGGACAGCUUCCCUGAGGUGGACAAAGCUGUGCUGGUGGAGCGCAUUGUGCGGUUGCAGAAAGCACAUGCUCGCAAGAAUGAGAAGAUUGAGUUCAUGGAGGACCACAUCAAACAGCUGGUGGAGGAGAUCAGAAAAAAGACCAAGAUCAUCCAAAGUUAUGUGCUGAGAGAAGAGACCGGAGCGCUGUCUUCAGAAGCCUCGGACUUUAACAAAGCAAACCUGAGUCGGAGAGGUGGCAUCAUGGCUUCGCUGUACACGUCCCAUCCUGCCGACAGCGGCCUAACUCUCGACCUCUCGCUGGAAAUCAAUCGCAAACUUCAGGCGGUGCUGGAGGACACGCUGCUCAAGAACAUCACGCUGAAGGAGAAUCUCCAGACACUGGGUUCAGAGAUUGAACGACUUAUCAAACAACAACGGGUGCCUCCGGGUAGUGAAUCCGGUAGGAAGUGAUCAGGAACGGGUAAUUACCAAAACAACACAUGGUGCGGGACAAAGCCGGAAGCAUCUUUUGGAAUCAAACCCAAGAUUGGUCUGAUAGAUACACUGGAGGCAAAGUUCCCUUGAAAAAAAGGUCUAAACUGAGCCAAACACCCUGAACUUCUAUGGCAAAUGAAUGAAAGAGCCUUUGCUCUAUCUUAAACUUUAUCUUUCUUCACAACGUGCCCAACAUCCAGACUUCUUGCAUUCACUUGGCAAAUCUUUAGUUCUCUCUGUAUGGGGAUGAUUUCGUUUCACCAUCUCUUUGAGACCCAAGACGGACGUAUGCCCAAUCACCGAACUAUAUGAAGUUGGGUAAAUGAAUGAAUAUUGUUAUAAAUGUGGUCUUUCAAAAGAACAAAAUGUGGUGGAUUAAUGGAGGACCAGGCUUUCAAAGGACAAAAUGGGGCUUUUCCUCUAUUCACCGCAUCGUAGGUUAAUGGCCGAUGCUCAGCGCUCUCCCUUAUCCCUCAUACAAAUGUGCCAAUAAUGAAUGUAUUAUGUAAUGAGACGGAUCCUAGCGUGUAGUACACCCAUGAGUCUGGGCACCAUUCCCCAUUUGCCCUGCUGCUAGGUAACGGCUAUACCCUGAUAGCCUAUCUCUUCAACCGGCCUUGGAAAGCACUUAAGCAAGGAGAGCCGUGCCAAAAAAUACAACUUCCUGAAUUAAGCGUGUCAUUUUGAAGUUCAACACAUUAAUCAAAAUCCAUAACCGUCUCAGAUGUUGAUACGUUUAGGGCUGGUCUUAAGUGAGCUUUGCUUUUUUAUAAUUUUCUCUCUAUCAAAGUUGUAUUUAAAUUUCAUCUUAUGAUUUUUCCCUUUCUCUCCGCUUAUUUGUUUUGUGCAGAAACAAGCUAAUCUUUAU